AUGGCAGUGACGGAUCUCCUGGUCAUUACCACCGCGGUGAUAUUAAAUCGAAUUCCAGCUAUUUAUUUUCCCGGUAGUUUCAUGUUCAUUACCCCAGUGUGCAGUUUCAGUAUUGCACUAAUUUAUGCAUGCAGAGACAGUUCUGUAUGGUUAACUGUGACUUUCACAUUUGAUAGGCUUGUGGCCAUUUGUUGCCUGAAACUGAAAACAAAAUAUUGCACUGAGAAAACAGCAGCUGUGGUCAUAGGAAUGGUUUGUGUGCUAGCUUUUUCAAUUAAUAUCCCCUGGUAUUUUAUGCAUGAACCAGUUUACGUAAUUGACAACACACCAUGGUUUUGUAGACAGAAGAAUAUACGUUAUACUUCACCUCUAUGGACAGCAUUUGAUUGGUUUGAUCGUAUUGUAACUCCUUGUCUCCCAUUCUUCCUGAUUGUUUUGUUUAAUGCGGUGACUGUUAGUCACAUUCUGAAGGCAAGUAGAGCCCGUAAAAGACUCUGUGCCCAAAGAAAUGGAGAGAAUAAGAGUGAUCAAGAGAUGGAGAGCCGCAGAAAGUCUAUCAUUUUACUAUUUGCAAUAUCUGGUACUUUCAUCAUUUUGUGGAUGACAUAUGUUGUGGAGUUUCUUUGGCAUCGAUUUGCAAAGAGUUAUAUCAUUCAUGGUUUUGAUGACCCGAAAUUCAUUUUUAUAGAAAGUGGAAAUAUGCUUCAGCUUUUAAGCUGCUGCACAAACUCAUUUAUUUAUGCAGUAACACAACGUAAGUUCAGAGAACAAUUAAAUAUUAUGGUGAAAUGUCCAUUGAGUCUAAUUGCUAAAUUGUGCAAAAAAUGA